AUUUAAUUCUGUAGAGCAGAGAAUAGUGCGAGAGUCACCAUUAACAUCAACUGAAAUUGAGUUAAAAAGUAAAGAAAUUGUGGUUUUUCAUAAGUCAAUCAGAUAAACGAGUGCCAAACACAAUUUUGUCUGCAAAAUCAAAUUAUUUUCAUUUUCUGCGACUGCUGAUCGCUUCGGGACAGAAGAAUAAACUUAUUAAGCACAUAAACGUACAGAAACUGCAUAAAAAUAGGAAUAAAAAUGUGUGGACGGAAAAAAGUAUCCACGACAGAGAAAGUUGACAAAGAUGAGAAGCUUCCCGAAAUAACUGUUAGAUCACGAGUCACAUACAAUUCAAAAGCUCAACCACAACAUCCAAAAAUGGGAGUGCUAGCACCAGAUACAUGCUGUGUAUCGCUAAGAUUUGAAGUACCACAAGAUUUAAUGGAUCGUCAGAUACAAACAUAUCGUAAUAUAGAAGAGAAACUGUUGUAUUUUGGAAUGAUGUCAGAGGACGGAAGGAAGGAUUUACAGACUGUACAGGAAGAGGUUGUUCUCGGUCUAUAUACAUUGUUUUUAGACCGUGAUCCGUUGAGAAUUCCAAUGCAAUAUGACGAUUGUGUUACAAUUGUAAAAAAGUAAAAGGAUGAACAUCAUGAAAAGGCUCCCAAUUUCCGUUCUUUUGCAUAAUAUUUUCCUCUCAUUAUUUCUACUUCCUCAUCGUAGUGGAAUCAUGCAUUUAUAUUUGUCUUAUAAUCAGUAUGCGGUAGAAGGCAAAGAAUAUUUUCAUUUAAUGAGUAUAAAUGAAUGAGAAAUGAAAAAUAAUCCAACUAUCAUGGAUAUAAAAUUAUGUACGUGGAUGACACAUGACACUUAUAAGUUUCAUGCAAUUAAUUAUACGUUACAGUAAUGAAGACGAAGUGAAAAGUGAAUUAAUGAUAAAACUGAAACUAUAUUAAUGAACAAGUUUUUCUGUGACACGAUAGAAAUUAAGCACAUACAGUCAUAUUUAAUGAACCAUAUAGAAGCACAUACAUAUUAUACGUAGUGAACGUAUUACAUCCCUUUGUAAUUGACAAAAUAAAGUUUAACAUUUUCACGCUUUAAAACCAAUACAUCAAAU